AUGGCCGAGGGCCUUUGCCCAGAAACUCCUGUUGUGGCGGAGGCCCUUCGAGGCCUCCACCCUGUCCACCCUGCACCAGCCGUGCCACCAGCACAGCUUCAACCACCAGCCCCGGAAGUCAGCGCUGAAGAGGUCGCUCGGGCGCUCCGUGGCUUUGCAUCUAGUGCUGCCCCUGGACCAACUGGGCUCAGAGUGCAGCAUCUCCAUGAGGCCUGCCUACCUGGUGCGAGGGAUGCCUUGCUUCAGCAGCUGGCUGCAGUGGUCGCGCUCCUGGCGCGGGGUCAAGCCUGUGCUGAGGCUGCCCCAGUUCUGGCUGGCGCCGGACUUGUGGCAGUCCCCAAACCAAAAGGCGGUCUGCGGCCCAUCGCCAUAGGCGAGGUUUUGAGACGGUUGACUGGGAAGUGCCUGAUGGCGCAAACAAAAAAUGCGGCGCGGGAGCGCCUGGCUCCGGCCCAAGUGGGUGUAGCGGUGCCGGCCGGGGCCGAGGCCGCCAUUCAUGCCACCAGGGAGUGGAUGGCGCGCCACGACACUGCUGAACGCCGAGUCCUCCUCAAACUUGACUUUGAAAAUGCAUUCAAUACCGUUUCUCGGCAACAAGUCUUGUCCAAGGUGGCGUCGCAGUUCCCAGACCUUGCCCGCUGGGCGACUUGGUGUUACGGCGGCACCACAUGGCUCCGCUUCGGCUCCUACAAGCUGCGCUCUGCAGCCUGCGUGCAACAGGGAGACCCCCUCGGGCCUCUGUUCUUUGCUGUCGCGCUGCAGCCGUUGGCGGAGGAGCUUUCGGCAAUGGGCUUGGAGCUCAGCUUCUUCUACUUGGAUGAUGGCAUCAUUGCAGGCGAGGUUGGGGCGGUUGCAGCCGCACUUGCACACAUCCAACGCCGGGCUCCGGAGCUGAGCCUGCGCCUCAACCUGAGCAAAUGUGAAGUUGUGGCCGUUGGCCGCACUACGCCAGGGGAACUUGCGGCACACCUUCCCGAUGCUAUGCUCCGCCAGGGGGAUUCCAAUAUGGUUCGCCGCAGCUUCGAACUCUUGGGCGCUCCGCUUGGGGAUGAUGCCUUUGUGCGGGGUUGCCUUGCUGGUCUUACUGGGGUGCACCUGGGCGAUGAGCAGUGGGCGCAGGCUUGCCGCGGUGUGGUCUACGUGGGUUUGGGGCUCCGCUCUGCUGUUGAUGAUGCUCCGGCCGCAUAUCUGGCCUCGGUGGGAGGAUCUGCUUCAUGCGCGCUUCGCCUUGAUCCACACUAUCUCGACCGGGCUCUCAGCGCCUCACCUCUGGUGGUCCGCGCUCUGGCUGAGUACAAUGCCUUGCAUGCUGAUCCGCCUCUUGCUGCGGAGGCUGCCCUAACCUCGAAACAACGAGAGCUCACGGCUCGCACUGAGAAGGCUGCCUGGCAAACCCAGCUCCGUCAGGCCACGCCGACUGCCAGGGCAAUCCUCCGCUCAGAAGCUGAGCUUGGGGACCAGGGCCUUCUUGGCCGCCAUACCUACUGGGCCUACGCGCAUGGAGCCAGCCGCCUUCGUGGCGGAAGUCCGCCAGAGACUGGGAGUAGCGGACAGCCCAACAGACACCUAGUGCCCCAGAUGACGUUGCGACACAAUGUUCUGCGUGAUGCCUUGGCUGGGUGGAUGGACAGAGCCGGCAUGCAACCAGAACGAGAGCGCCCAGGCCUCCUUUUGCCGCAACGACCUGAAGACACCCAGAUCGCAACCAGACGCCCAGCUGACAUCUACGUGCCCUCUUUCAUGGGAAGUGCUAUUGCAUUCGACCUGGCCGUCACGGCCCCUCAGCGGCAGCACACCCUUGCGGAGGCAGCCAAGGCCAGCCUCGCGGCAGCCACCACCUACGCGGAUGUCAAAGCUGGGCACCUUGGCAUUGCUGACGCAUGCCGGGCCCAAGGAGUGCGGUUUGUGCCGCUCGUCGCGGAGACGACUGGCGCAUGGGAGCCGACGGCCGCCAGGGCCCUCCUGCACGUGGCGCAGGCCGUUGCUUCUCGUGAAGGUGGGGAAGUGGUAGCCGUGCAUGGCCAGCUACUGCAGCAUCUCUGCGUCCUCGCCCGAGGACACAGGGCCCGCGCGGCCCUCCGCAGGCGCGUUGAGUUGGCGUCUGCAGCGGCCGAAGCCGGCGUGUGA